CUCUCGUCUUGUGUGAAGUUACAUAUCUCUGCCUACAGACUUCAGACUGGAUAUUAGUUUAUAGCAUCGAUCAUUUUCGAUAGUUCGAUUAAAUAUGGCCCCUAUAUACAUUUGUGACGUCGUAAGGUAGAUAUAGAUUUACGUGUGGUCUUUCUUUAUAGAAAUAAUAAUAUAAACAUUAUUUCUAGUAGGAAAAUUUACCAAUUAUCGGUAUUAAAUUAAUAAAUAUUGUACUUCAUUGUAGACAAAAGUGUUGAUAAAUUCUGUUGUGGCAACUGUAAUAUGUCCUGCGAGUAUUGGAUGCGGGUGCUUGUGGAAGGGGCCUCUUGCCGUAUGGGCCCCUGACUCACCUCCGUGUAAUCCUGCUUCACUUUCCGGGCUUUAAUUGCCCCUGUGAUGGGUCCGGAUAGCAGAGGUGGGUGGCCCUGGAUGCUCGUCAUCCUGCUACCAGUCUUCGCCGACGGUCAGAUGUCGGUGACAGAGCAGGAACCAGAGUUUCUUCAGCCACUGGAGAACCACACCGUGACUCAGGGUCGAGACGUUUUCUUCACGUGCAUUGUAAAUCACCUGGGAUCCUACAAGGUGGCGUGGAUCAAAUCGGACUCGAAGGCCAUACUAGCUAUACACACACACAUGGUGGCCCAUAACUCACGGCUCUCUGUGACUCAUAAUGGGCACAACACUUGGAAACUGCAUGUCUCCAAUGUCCAAAUGAAUGACUCUGGAACGUAUAUGUGUCAGAUCAACACGGAUCCUAUGAGAAGCCAGAUGGGUAACCUGGACGUAAAAAUCCCACCUGACAUCUUGGAUGACGAGUCCCCGGACGGAGGUGUGGCACCUGAGAACAGUUCAGUGCGAUUGAAAUGCAAAGCGACCGGUACUCCUGAGCCUACUGUGAUGUGGCGACGAGAGGACAGCAGAAACAUCGUGCUACGUCACGACGGCGGAAGGGAAAAGCAGGCGGUGAGAUCAUUUGACGGAGAGACGCUGUUACUGAACAACAUCCAGAGGACGGACAUGGGAGCCUAUCUCUGCAUAGCAAACAAUGGCAUCCCACCACCUGUCAGCAAACGCUUCGUAGUUCAAGUUCAGUUUCACCCGUUGAUUAAAGUCCCUAAUCAGCUCGUUGCCGCGCCAGUCGGAAGCAAUGUGGACAUCGGAUGUGACGUGGAGGCGUCCCCGAAAGCAAUGAAUAGUUGGUUUAAAGAAACAGGCGAGAAGUUGCUGGGAAGCAAGAAAUACGAGAUAUCAGAAGUGCCGAUCAACGAGUAUUCGCUGCAUAUGAAUCUCAAGGUUCUAAACGUGCAGAAACAUGAUUUUGGGGGCUAUCUGUGUUCCUCUGUGAACGCACUGGGCAAAGUGGAAGGUAGCGUGAGGUUACAAGAGCUCUACCUGGCGCCAAAGACAACAACAAUCCCAUUUCCUGAACGACAUGACAAUAAAUCCCGCAAGAAACCUUCGCCUCAUUCUAAGGACAGUAAAAAAAAGCGAAAACGAAUUAAAGGAGAUCGUAGAGAAGAUGAGAAUGGAAGCGGUGAGGAUGAUGAAGAAUAUGAACCCGUAACGACUGGCUCGUGGCUCGAACCCCGAACUGUGCAGACAAUAAUGCCAAGCGCAACUCGUUCACCGGAUCUGAUCUUCCACCGAAACGUCGCUGACAAUUCCGCCGCGGUCAGCCCAUCACACUACUGCCCUAAUUGCAGUAUUCGUCUUCCAUUGUGGGCAACCGCGGUGCUGGUAGCAAUGAAAAAUUUGCUGAAUAUUCGCCGUUUGAUUAUUUUUUAAGAUAGAACUUGAGGAAAAAAGGAUUUGCCAGAAUUAAAUCCGUCGUUUAAUAGGCAAUUGAAUCCGAACUUGACAGACUCGUAACUUAUCAAAAGACAUGCGUUGAUGUAUCAAAGAGCAACGCUGUUAGUUGUUGUAGAUUCAUACGUAGUGAGAAAAUUUUCAUAAGUGUGACGUACAUGACGUUUAAUGACCUUGCAUACAAUGAUAUAAGGGACUCACAGACAAGGUUUUUGUGUGUGUCCUAUUCUAAAUACGAAAAUUAUUAAUGAGGCUAAUUGUAAAUAUCAUAUUACAGAUUUUUUUUAAAUUGAGCAAACUAAUUAAAAAUUCUGGCUAGUAAUGCAACGCUACAGGAAGUUUACACGUAUUUCUGAACACCUGAAAAUUAUAUCGCUGUUGUGGGCCUCAGGACCCGUAGUUUUUUGACUACGAUACUUCAGUUUUUACAUAAUUUUGCCACGGAUAUUAAAACGGAGGUCCUCUAACCUGCUUUAACUAAUUUCUGGGAAGACGGAACAAUAGUUUACUGACUACUACUUUAAAGAAACAGAUUUGACACGAAUUUGAAAUCUACAGAACCUAUUUUGCUAGGGGCAAUUUUUUUCGCGCUGAACCUCCUUACAAGAUACGUAAUUUUGAAAUCUUUACACACAUCGGAAAAUAUACGCGUUUUUAAGUUCUCGUUUUAACCCAAAGUGACGAAAUAUACUAUCAUUAGCACGUGUUUUGGCCUAUUUUUCAUUAUUAUUUUAUUUUAGGAAAAUCAGCGUAGUUUUUAUAGUCCACUGAUGUCACGGUAGACUAUUUCUGUCGAGUGUAAUUUUGAAAAUUUAUUUGAUUAAAAUUUAAUCUGAAUUUUUGUAAUUGUCGUCAGUUACAAACCUCCGGGUCUACUAGACGGGCAGACAGGGUUUAUGAUGAACAUGGAAUUUUAAAUUUGGAGGAAGGUCAUAUCGAAAAUGUACGGCCAGAAAGAAAUGCUUAUAACUUUUGUCUGAAUACCAGAACAGUUCUCGAGAGUGGUACAAUCGGAUUUAGUGGUCACAGAUAAAGUGAAAGUUUACGUUUCAUUGAACUCUGCAGCGAGCUUGAAAAUGUUAGUAACUUGUCACAUUAAUUGUUUAUACGAUAUAUAUUUCAGUCUGUCCCCAUUACUCUGAAAAAGUUUCAGAAUGAAAUAUACUUUAAAAAGUUUUUUAAGCCGUAUAAACAAAGUACUGAAGAGAGUUUGAACAAGUGGUUUUACGAUUAUUAAAACGAAUUCAUUUACAUAAAAAGAACAUAGCUCCAUCUUGUAUAAAACAAGUAAAUAUUCAUUAUAUCGUAUAUAUUUUUAUUUAAACUCAGUCUUUAUACGCUAGAAGUAUCCAUAUUGUACAACUCUUGAGAGUGACUGUACUGGGAGACGAGACAAAGAAAGCAAAUAACGAUACAAUAAUAUUACAAUAAUAACCCAUAUCGAUUUUCAUACCUGUAAAAUAAUAUUAUGUAAUAGAUAAAAAUAACUCUGUCAUAUCUCUAUGUUAGUACGAGUUUAUAAAAGAUGGACUUUCAUCUUCUGGUUGUUUCGUCUUAUAAGUUUUCUUCUUGGUUUAGUGCCAUUGUUGUCAUACGAAUAAGGCUCGUAACUCAGAUAUAUUUACGUUGUCUCGUAGGCAGACACCGUUUAUAUAAAAUGUUUGUAGCGAUAAUAUCAGUGUUUAACCUCACCGUGCUUAUUUGAUUAUUGAGCCAAACAUUUGCUGCUGACAUUUUGUUAAAGUUCUUGCUUUAUUAAUACAUUAAAUGUCCGUUCAUAAUACGACGUAAAUCAGCCGAGGUAUCUUAAAUGACAAAUAUCUAGUAGUGCAACACGAAGGUCUAACAAAUUUAUUGUAAAAUUCAUCGAGUUUUAUUCACCUCUUAUCUUCAAAGUCAACUCGUCUAAUAAGAUGUAUCUUAAUGUUAAAACUACCGUCUCCUUCUUGGUCUUUCAAGUUACCGCUUUUCAAAAUAUCUCUUCUGCUAAUAUUUUGUACGCUUUUCUUAUGUCUCGUCCCAACUAUUCUAAUUUGACCACUUUAACAACUUUUUUUGUACAAAUUACGAAGUUUUGCGGUAGGCCACGUCUUGCUCUGACGCAAUCCCUCAUUAUGUAUUUUCUUUAAAGUUGUUACCGUGUUUCACACCCAUAAAUGCGAUCGGUAACAUAAUUGUAACUGUGCACCCAAUUUUCUGGAAGAAUUAAGAACAAAGAACGUGGCUGCUUCCUUUCUAUUAAGACGGACACGAAGUGUUUUUUGAAUAUUUUAUCGUCCUGUCUUUAAUACUAAAUUUGUAUUAAAAAAUAUUGUAAAACCCUUAACCCAUUUUAUCACGAAAUAACAUAAAAGAGAAAUUUUUAAAAUAUGGACACUUAUUUAUUUUAUCGGCGAACCUCUGCACAUUCGCCAUUGAUUCUGCUAUAUUUUGUGAGGUUAGGUUCGAAUCAGGUGGCAGGGGUCACCAAAUGCCUCAAAGCUGCAGAAAUGUUACUGUACGUUCAUAAAGCAACUUUGUGUUAAGACUUUCUGAGCUCUGCAUGGAGACUGAGUAAAUGUUCCAUCCCUCUUUUUCAAUCUUAUACACAAUUCUUUUCAGAAAUCGAAUUCCUUUGCAUAAUCUGUGAAGAAGUGUGACGGGAUGUGCAGAAAUCUUUUGUUGACUUUCCUGCUUUUAUACUGAGAACUUCCAAUAUCUGCUGUCAAACGAGAAAACUUUUAUCCUUUUCUCAAAGAAAAGAAUCAAAGUACAAUGUAUUUUUUUCCCCCAGUACUGAUUUCUCUUAGCGGAAAGUUGAAUAUUUCGGACCUGAGAAUUAUAAAGACGCCAUUGUAACGUUUGCCUGAAAAUAGAAACUCCCACUGUACAGAAUGUGUGAAAAGACUACGCAGUAACAUUUUAUUAUACGUAUUUAUGGAAAAGGUCUGAUGUUCAAUUUUUUUUCUCUUUGUCGAAAGAGAUAUUUAUCAAAUCUUUCUAUUUUAUUGUUUUAGGUACAGUCACUUUUCAUUUUGUAUGAAUAAUUUUAACUGCUGUCAAAGAUCAACAAUCCAAAAUCUUGAAACGUGAGGAUUAUUUAAAAAAAAACAAUAUGAAAUAAUGACUCCAUGUUAAAUAUAUAUCAAAACAUUGUUUCAAAGCAACGAAUAGACAAUUAUAAUAAAUCUGUUUCGUUGUUUAUUUUACACGCGUAUUAAAAUCGUUUAAAGUUAAAGUCAAGAAAUACUACAUAUAUAUAGGCCUAUAUAAUCGUAAUUAUAAUUGUGUAUAAAGGUUCUUUAAAGUACGUAAACAUUUAAGGUUCAUAUAUUUUGAUAUAUAACUACCUAGUAGGUCACUUUCUUUUAUUUUAUCGCUAUCGACUGAAUCGCAUAUAAGAUUGGAACGUGAUAUUUUGUUUCGAUAAAGUCAAUGACAAUCUUAAAAUAAAUAUUAAUUUAAGUUUAGGUGUGUUAUAUAAUUUUAUUUAUACCAAAAAACGAGUGAAUUUGUUGUUAUGAAUUAACAGUGUUAUUUUCUGUGCAGUAAAAUGAAUAUACAUUUUUAAUACAUUUCUUUUGGUAGCAAUUACAUUUUUGUUAGUGUUCAAGACACGCUACGCUAAGCAAGUAUGCUGUUUACGUAUUCAUCAAUGGUGAUACCAUUAUCAGCGACUAUUCUACAUCAAAAUUGUCAGAAAAAUUCACAUAUUUAAUGUUGUUUAAGAUAUUUCAGGGUGGUGACUCUGUAAACCCAAUAUUAUUUAAGUAGGUGAUAAAUUACUUACAUUUAUUCUGCCAAAAGAUCAUAAAUAAAUUUCCCCUUGUGCGAGUA